AUGCUCCAACAGCGCAGGAACUCCAGGCGGUUCGUCUUGUCCGAGCUGCGGACGUUUGCCAGCGGCGGCGUUGCUGCCGCUGCAUCUGUCGCUGCAGUCGGCGACGAAGUGGAACUCGCUGACAUCGAAGACGACCCGUCGUCAACGGCUGCCGGCGAUUCGGAUGACGCGGAUGACAGCUUUUGCAUACAGUUGGAACCAAUGUCAGCCCCGUCUCCGCGGCCGAAAUUGGCGCUGGCCGACCUGGCGUCGCUGCAGCACCUGUACGACGACGGGCUGCCGCCGUCCAAACACGAAAUCGCCCAAUGGAAAUCAAUUAAAAACCUCAAGUCCGGCAUCACGCCUAGUAUGUCUCAAGGCAAUGUGAUCCAUCAACGACUCACUGAAAAAGAUUUCAAUGUUAGCACUCCUGAAGAAUUUGUAAAGCGUUUUAAAGGAACACGAGUUAUAAACAAGGUUUUGAUUGCUAACAAUGGUAUUGCUGCAGUCAAAUGCAUGAGAUCUGUUCGUCGAUGGUCUUAUGAAAUGUUUAGAAAUGAAAGAGCUGUACGAUUUGUAGUUAUGGUUACACCAGAAGAUCUUAAAGCUAAUGCUGAGUAUAUUAAAAUGGCUGAUCACUAUGUACCAGUACCUGGAGGUACAAAUAACAACAAUUAUGCUAAUGUUGAACUCAUUGUCAAUAUAGCUAUACGUUCUCAAGUUCAGGCUGUAUGGGCUGGUUGGGGACAUGCUUCUGAGAAUCCAGAACUACCUAAACUGUUGGACAAAAAUAAAAUUGCUUUUAUUGGACCCCCUGAAAAAGCUAUGUUUGCUCUCGGUGAUAAAAUUGCUUCGAGUAUUGUUGCACAAACUGCUGAAAUCCCGACAUUGCCCUGGUCUGGUUCAGGUGUAAUUGGACAUUACUCUGGAAAAAAAAUUGAAAUUGGACCAGAUUUGUAUAAAAAAGGUUGUGUUGCAUCAAUCGAAGAAGGUUUAGUAUCAGCUGAAAAGGUCGGGUAUCCAAUUAUGAUUAAAGCUAGUGAAGGCGGUGGUGGUAAAGGUAUAAGGAAAGUAGAAAAUUCUGAAGAAUUCCCAAAUGCAUACAAACAGGUUCAAGCUGAAGUUCCUGGAUCACCAAUAUUUAUAAUGAAAUUGGCUAAAUGCGCUAGGCAUUUAGAAGUACAACUUUUAGCCGAUCAAUAUGGUAAUGCUAUAUCAUUGUUUGGGCGUGAUUGUUCAAUUCAAAGGAGACAUCAAAAAAUUAUUGAAGAGGCUCCGGCAGUGAUUGCCGAACCUAGCGUUUUUGAAGAAAUGGAGAGAGCCGCAGUUCGUAUUGCUAAAAUGGUUGGUUAUGUUAGUGCUGGUACAGUUGAGUAUCUAUACGAUACAGAUGGAAAUUAUUACUUUUUGGAGUUAAAUCCUAGACUGCAAGUGGAACAUCCGUGUACAGAAAUGGUAUCUGAUGUGAAUUUGCCAGCUGCACAACUGCAAAUUUCAAUGGGAUUAGCCCUCAACUGUAUUAAAGACAUCAGAUUACUUUAUAGCGAAUCUGCUUGGGGAGAUAGUUAUAUCGAUUUCGAUGCACCAAGACAUAAACCUCAUCCAUGGGGUCAUGUUAUUGCUGCUCGAAUCACUAGUGAAAACCCUGAUGAAGGUUUUAAGCCUAGUUCUGGGACUGUUCAAGAAUUAAAUUUCCGUUCUUCAAAAAAUGUAUGGGGAUACUUCAGUGUAGCUGCCUCAGGAGGAUUACACGAAUUUGCUGAUUCUCAGUUUGGGCAUUGUUUCUCAUGGGGAGAAAACCGAGAACAAGCUAGAGAAAAUUUAGUUAUUGCACUUAAAGAAUUGUCGAUUCGAGGAGAUUUCAGAACUACAGUUGAAUAUUUAAUCACACUUCUUGAAACUGAAUCAUUCCAGUCAAAUACAAUUGAUACAGCUUGGUUGGAUUUAUUGAUAUCAGAGCGAGUGCAAUCCGAAAAGCCAGACAUAUUUCUUGGAGUCAUUUGUGGUGGACUUCAUAUUGCUGAUCGUAAUAUAUCCGAAUCAUUCCAAAACUUUCAAACAUCUUUAGAACGUGGUCAGGUGUUGAGUGCCAAUACACUUGAUCACCAUGUGUCUGUUGAACUAAUAAAUGGAGGAUACAAAUACAAAGUUCAAGUCACCAAAUCCGGACUCAAUUCAUACUUCCUCAUUAUGAAUGGCUCAUUUAAGGAAAUUGAAGUCCAUCGUCUAUCUGAUGGUGGAAUUUUGCUAUCUUUGGAUGGAUCAAGUUUUACUACUUAUAUGCGAGAAGAAGUAGAUCGGUAUAGAAUCGUGAUUGGUAAUCAGACAUGUGUUUUUGAUAAAGAAAAUGAUCCAUCUCUAUUACGCUCACCAUCUGCUGGUAAACUGAUCAGUUUUCUUAUUGAGGAUGGUGGUCAAGUUAAAAAAGGUCAACCAUAUGCUGAAAUAGAGGUAAUGAAAAUGGUAAUGACAUUAACAGCAACAGAAAACGGACGUGUGUAUUAUAGCAAACGGCCAGGGGCCGUUCUUGAUGCUGGUUCAUUAAUUGCAACACUUGAAUUAGAUGACCCAUCCUUGGUUACAAAAGCUGUUGAAUAUAAAGGACAGUUCCUUGAACUUGAUGGAACUUCACAUAUUUAUGGAGAAAGUCUUAAUAAUAUACAUACAUGCUACAGAGGUAUGCUAGAUAAUAUUCUGGCUGGGUAUUGCUUACCAGAACCAUAUCAUCUUGUACGUUUGAGAGAAGUCAUUGAAAAGUUCAUGAACUCUCUACGUGACCCAAGUUUACCUUUACUGGAGUUACAGGAAGUGAUUUCAUCAAUAUCUGGCAGAAUACCAAAAGCUGUUGAUAAAAAAAUUAAAUCAUUAAUGAAGCUAUACGAGAGGAACAUCACAUCUGUACUUGCACAAUUUCCUAGCCAACAAAUAGCUGCAAUUAUUGAUGGCCAUGCUGCAACUUUACAAAAAAGAACAGAUCGUGACAGCUUUUUCCAAACAACUCAAGGCAUUGUUCAACUAGUGCAGAGAUAUAGGAAUGGUAUUCGUGGUCGAAUGAAGUCAGCUGUUCAUGAAUUGCUGAAACAAUAUUACGAAGUGGAAAGUCAAUUCCAACAUGGAAGUUAUGAUAAAUGUGCUACUGCAUUGAGGGAUAGAUACAAAGAUGAUAUGGCUGCUGUAACUUCAACGAUAUUCUCACACACACAAGUAGCAAAGAAGAAUAUGUUGGUUACAAUGUUAAUUGAUCAUUUAUGGUCCAACGAACCUGGUUUAACAGACGAGUUGGCAGCUACAUUAAACGAGUUGACAUCACUUAAUCGCAGUGAACAUUCUAGAGUUGCACUUCGGGCCCGACAAGUACUCAUUGCUGCACACCAACCAGCAUAUGAAUUAAGACAUAACCAAAUGGAAUCAAUAUUUUUAUCAGCAGUUGAUAUGUAUGGACAUGAUUUUCAUCCAGAAAACUUACAAAAACUUAUCCAGUCCGAAACUUCUAUAUUUGAUAUCCUUCAUGACUUCUUUUAUCAUUCAAACCGUGCAGUCUGUAAUGCCGCAUUAGAGGUUUAUGUAAGACGUGUUUACAUAUCAUACGAUCUUACAUGUUUGCAACAUUUGGAACUGUCUGGAGAAAUACCAUUGGUACAUUUCCAAUUUCUUUUGCCUUCUUCACAUCCAAAUCGUCAACAAAAUAAGAUCAACUCUGUAGCCAAUGGUUCUGAAAAUCUUGAAUCACCAACCAAAACUCCAUUGCCAUAUAUCCCAACUUAUCAAAGAACCGGUUGUAUGGCAGCAUUUGAAUCAUUUACUCAAUUUGAACAAUAUUUUGAUGAAAUCCUGGAUAUUAUGGAAGAUUUAUCUUCUCCUGUAUAUGUUUCCCCAAGAAUCAUUGAUGCCCUUGAAAGUGGAAGUGAAUCUAGAUUAAGCUCAUCCCUUAAUGUAAGUUUGUCUCUUGGUGAUCAACGACCCCCAGACCAAGAAAACGUUGAGAUUGAACCGUGUCAUAUAUUAUGUAUAGCUAUGAAAGACACUGGAAAUAUGGAAGAUGAUAAACUUGGUAAGAUGUAUGAAGAAUUUUGUCAACAACGUAGAGAAGAAUUGAAAAAAAGAUCAAUCCGGAGAAUCACUUUCUUGGCUUUGAAUAAAAGGCAAUUCCCUAAAUUAUUCACCUACAGAAACUAUGAGGAUUUUGCUGAAGAUAGAAUUUAUCGUCACUUAGAGCCAGGUAUGGCUUUCCAAUUGGAAUUGAACAGAAUGAGGACGUAUGAAUUAGAAGCCUUACCUACAUCAAACAGAAAAAUGUAUCUGUAUUUAGGAAAAGCUAAAGUUCCAAGAGGUCAAGUUGUUACUGAUUAUCGUUUCUUUAUACGUUCCAUUAUAAGACAUCAAGAUUUAAUAACAAAAGAAGCUUCUUUUGAAUACCUUCAAAAUGAAGGAGAACGUGUUUUGUUGGAAGCGAUGGAUGAAUUAGAGGUUGCUUUUAGCCACCCACAUGCACGUAGAACUGACUGUAAUCAUAUAUUCUUGAAUUUCGUGCCCACUGUUAUAAUGGAUCCUGCCAAAAUCAAAGAAAGUGUGACUAAUAUGGUAAUGCGGUAUGGUCCACGUCUUUGGAAAUUACGGGUUCUUCAAGCUGAGCUUAGAAUGACAAUACGGCCUUCACCCACUAGUAAAACUUCAAAUGUUCGAUUAAGCCUUGCAAAUGGCAGUGGUUAUCAUUUGGAUAUUUGCCUUUACAAAGAAAUUACUGACUCUAAAUUAGGAAUGAUUAAAUUUGAAUCAUAUGAAUCAAAGCAAGGACCAUUACACGGACUACCAGUUUCUACUCCAUAUGUAACCAAAGACUUUCUCCAACAAAAAAGAUUCCAAGCUCAAAGUGCUGGAACAACUUACGUUUAUGAUAUUCCAGAUAUGUUUAGACAAAUGAUAGAAACUUUAUGGCAAGAAUACAUUUUGGAACACCCAAAUGAUGGAGUUUUAAAAAGCAGCUUAGUGUUUGAUUAUGUUGAACUUGUGGUUGAAGACAAUCAUUUAAUUGAACAAAAACGUUUCUCUGGUGAAAACACUGCUGGUAUGGUUGCUUGGAGAUUUACAAUGCAUACUCCAGAGUAUCCUUCCGGCCGAGAUAUUAUUGUGAUUGCUAACGAUCUAACAGUAAACAUUGGUUCAUUUGGUCCACAAGAAGACAUUGUCUUCGAUUUAGCUUCUAAAGAAGCACGUAGAAAAAAAAUUCCACGCAUUUAUAUAUCAGCUAAUAGUGGAGCUCGUAUUGGUCUUGCAGAAGAAAUAAAAAGUUUGUUCAAUGUAGCAUGGGAAGACCCCUCUGAUCCGGAAAAAGGAUUCAAAUAUUUAUACUUAACACCUGAUGACUAUGGAAAAUUAGCUGGUCAAAAUUCUGUAGAAGCAGAAUUAAUUGAAGAUGAAGGUGAACCACGAUAUAAACUAACUGACAUUAUCGGAAAAGAUUUUGGUUAUGGAGUUGAAAAUUUAAAAUUCGCUGGCAUGAUAGCUGGUGAAACUUCUCGUGCAUAUCAAGAUAUUGUUACAAUUUCAAUGGUAACUUGUCGUGCCAUUGGUAUUGGGGCUUAUCUAGUACGUCUUGGUCAACGAGUUAUUCAAAUUGAGAAUUCUCACAUUAUUCUCACAGGAUAUAGUGCUUUAAAUAAGCUUCUUGGUCGUGAAGUAUAUGCAUCUAACAAUCAGUUGGGUGGUAUUCAAAUUAUGUACAACAAUGGUGUGUCCCACAAGACUGAGGCUAGAGACUUAGAUGGUGUGUACAGAAUACUAAAGUGGCUUUCCUACAUUCCAAAAACUAAAGAAUCUCCAUUGCCUGUGAUUAAAAGUGUAGAUUCUGUAGAAAGAGAUAUAGACUAUGUGCCUACCAAAGUCCCAUAUGAUCCUCGUUGGAUGAUUGCUGGGAAAGAAGAUACAAAUGGCCAUUGGGAGUCAGGAUUCUUUGAUAAAGGAUCAUGGGAUGAAAUAAUGCAACCCUGGGCACAGACUGUUGUUUGUGGAAGAGCUAGGCUGGGAGGAAUCCCUGUCGGUGUGAUUGCUGUUGAAACAAGAACAGUAGAAGUCACUUUACCGGCAGAUCCUGCCAAUUUGGAUUCCGAAUCUAAGACUGUGUCUCAAGCUGGACAAGUAUGGUUCCCAGACUCUGCAUAUAAAACAUCUCAAGCCAUUAAAGAUUUUGCCCAUGAAGAUUUACCACUUUUCAUCUUUGCUAACUGGAGAGGUUUUUCUGGUGGAAUGAAAGACAUGUAUGAACAAAUAAUGAAAUUUGGUGCAUACAUUGUUGAUGAACUAAGACAAUACAACCAGCCAAUUAUCACAUAUAUCCCACCAUUUGGAGAGUUGCGAGGAGGUGCAUGGGCUGUUGUAGAUACUACUAUUAAUCCAAGACACAUUGAGAUGUAUGCAGAUCCAGAUAGCCGGGGUGGUGUUUUGGAACCUGAAGGAAUUGUUGAAAUUAAAUUCCGCGAAAAAGACAUCUUAAAAUCUAUUUACAGAAUUGAUACAAAUAUUUUGAGUAUCAAAGCAAAUGGUAGCCCAACUCCUGAAGAAGCUGUUGAAAUAGAAAAGAAUGUUGCAGAAAGAGUAUCUGUGUUGAAACCUAUUUACCAUCAAGUAGCAAUUCAUUUUGCUGACUUACAUGAUACACCUAAAUGCAUGCUUAGUAAAGGUGUUAUUAAAGAUAUUGUACAAUGGAAGAAAUCUCGUAAUACAUUAUAUUGGCGACUAAAACGACGUUUAUUACAAAACCAAAUCCAAAAAGUAAUAACAAAAUCCAAUGAUGCAAUUCAAGACGAUGUCGCCUAUGAAAUGCUGAGAAGGUGGUUUGUUGAAGACAAAGGCACCACUGCUUCUUAUCUGUGGGAUAACAACCAAGCCGUAGUACAAUGGCUGACGAGUCAAUUAGAUGAAUCUGAUGGCACAAUCGUAGCUGAUUCGUUGAUUGGUAAUAACAUUAAGAGUGUUAGAAAAGAUGCAGUUAUAAAUCAAGUCAAAUCUACAAUAAAUGACACACCUGAAGUUACAUCAGACGUUAUCAUGGGUAUGUUCCAAAGCCUUUCGGAAAUGCAACGUCUCGACUUGAUUCAUAAUUUAACCCAGGCAACAAGCAUUGGAAAUGUGAAAUUAAAUAGUUGA